AUGUCAACUGACGAAGUUACUAUUAUUGUGGUCAGUGUCCUCUGUGUCCUGAUUGUCAUCGCCGCCAUUGUUGCUGUUUCUAUUUAUUUUUGUUGUCGAUCUAAAAAUCGACGAAAACCUGGCAGAUACGAAUUGCCUGCUCCUGAGUCGAACCACAGCCAAUCAUCCCCAAGUCAUCAAGAUGAGCCAGCUCCCAAACCGUUACCCAAAGUUGGGUCCUCGGGAUUGUGGAUGUCGAAGCCUAUAAUGCAUACCCAGGGUCCGAAUGACGCCUACCACCAGUUAAAACCGAACGGGGUUAGGAAAGAACCUGUGAUGAUGCGAGAAAUUUUGUCAACUCCUAACGUCAAUCAACCGACAAGCGGGUAUAUAUAUCAAGGUAAUCUCCGGAUGUACCACAGUCAACAAUUUCCGGGCUUGGUUAGCGGAUAUGGUGAACAUCGAGGAGCCUAUUAUAAUGAGGCUUUUAUUUAUCCAACCUAUGUUGACGCAAGGCUGUCUCAUCGAAGCAGUAUGAGGUUUCUUGAAGCAAGUGGUUAUUACACAACGGAAGAAUUGUCUCGAGAAAAUCAUAAUCGAGAUGUUUUAUAUCAUCAGAGGCAGCGUAAUUCAUCGGAACUAAGAGAAUCCAGACACAGCAGCUUCCUUCGAGAAGACAGUGCGAAACCGUCGCGAUUCCAACAAAAAUCACCCCAAGAAAGAAAAUCUAGAUCCAAUGAAUCCGCAGCGAAUUCGCGGUCGUCUUCCAAAAACAAAAGCGCCACUGCUUCGACAGCCAGCGGCGCCGAAUCCGUCAUCGAAAGGCCAAACAUUCAAGAAGCGAACAGAUCUUCCGUCGUAUCCUCUGCUCCCGCCAUCGAUAAAGUAAGCGAAUCAAUAGAAAGCAGAACUGAAGAGAAACCUGAGGACUUUAGGACACAAGCCGAUGGUAAAACGAAAGCUGAAAUAGCCACUCCUUCAACAUCUACCCACGUCGAACCUGAUAACAGUUCUCUGGAUCAUUUAAACCUAGCACCUGAACAGCGAGACAUUCCAUCCGAUCAGCAGAGCUAUGUAGAUAGCGUCAGCGAUGUUACAGAUCUGGAAAGUAAAGGUCAGAAAAUCACAACACAAGCUUUUGAAUUCUUAGAUACUUAUAUAUCUGAUGCUGAUGAUGAUAUGGAUCGAUCGAAAUAUUAUUCAGGCAAAUCCUAG